ACGAUUCGUUCAUGACUCGCACAACACUACUCGGCGCUGUCGCAAACGAAAGCCCAUGUAGGGGAAAACAUGGCUGUAUCCAUUGGUUGUGAGCAUUAUGUGCGCAGCUGUUUAUUGAAAGCACCUUGCUGUGGUAAACUGUAUGUGUGUCGACUGUGCCACGAUGCAGAGGAAAACCACCAAAUGGAUCGCUUCAAAGUCAGAGAAGUACAAUGCUCUGAGUGUCAAACCCUGCAGCAGGCCCAGCAGACCUGUCAGCAAUGUCACGUGCAGUUUGGGGAGUACUAUUGUGACAUUUGCCACCUGUUUGACAAGGAUAAGAAGCAGUACCACUGUCAGCCCUGUGGGAUAUGCAGGAUUGGGCCCAGGGAGAACUACUUUCAUUGUGAGAAAUGCAAUUUGUGUUUAGCCCAAGUUUUGCGAGGAAACCACAAGUGUGUUGAAAAUGUAUCAAGGCAGAACUGCCCAGUGUGUAUGGAGGAUAUUCACACAUCUCGAGAUGGUGCUCAUGUUCUGCCUUGUGGCCAUCUUUUACACAAGACCUGCUUCGACAACAUGGUCAGAGGAGGAGCAUAUCGCUGCCCUCUGUGUAUGCAUUCUGCUUGGAACAUGGAGGGCCACUGGGAUCAGAUGGACAAAGAGAUUGCUCAGUCACCAAUGCCCCCUGAAUAUCAGAGGGCUUCUGUCAAAAUUAUAUGUAACGACUGCCAAACCCAUUGCACUGUGCCUUUCCAUGUGUUGGGAAUGAAGUGCACUGGUUGUGGCUCCUACAAUACAGCACAGGAUGGAGGACUGAUGCAGCAGGAGUUGCAGGACAUUGAGAAUGAGGCUGAAACAGACACAGAGCCUGAGCAACAAGAUUAGUUCUACCUGCUCAAAACAGUGUGAAUGGGAUUAACUGUAAUGCAUCAUAUGUUUGACUGAUGCAUUCAAACAUUACACUGAAGCAAUGCUCUGAAUUUUGUAAAUAGAAAAGAUUCAUGUUUUUUUUUUUUCUUAUUUUAUUUUUUGUUCUUGGGGAUAGAAAUCUAUCCCAGCAUGUGCUCAGAGAGAUGUAAAUAUGGACUAGUGGCCAGUCAGUCACAGGACUUCCACAUUGACAGUUUAUAUUGACAGUGUGUUCUACCUGCAUGAUAUGGUGACAAAAGGCAAACACAACAAGGUCUUGUGUCUGUUAACUUUUUGGCAGCUGUAACCAGUUAGGACGGUGGGAUUCUUAUCUGAUGGGCUUGGGGAGUGUGCCAGUGCCAUAUUGAAAUAAUGUCAGUGAGAUGUUAGCCGACAUGUUUUUUAAUGUAGUGUACGAGCCUGUGUGACUUCACAGAAGACAAUGUCAGUAGUGGAAAUUUGUUAGAAAAGGGAAAAAUUCACAAGGGUGACAUGAUGAAAAAAUGUUUUAUGAUAUUUUUUUUUUCUUUGGGUGGGGGGGUAGUUACAUAAAUCUGUAGUAACCUAAAUAUUUGCAUUUUUCAUCCUUUGAAUCCUGUGUCUUCAUCAGUUUAUAAACACCAGUUUAUAGGUAUAGAACUCUAUCUGAUUAUACAAGUAAGCUUUUUAGAAAAUUCAUAGACACACCUCAAAGUUACAGUACAUGAAUUUACAUAUUGAUAAAGGACCUUUGAAAAAUGAAAUGUCAAGAAACUUUACACGAUAGACAGACCUUUACCACUCUUUUCUAAAUCUAUUCAUGCAGUAGACAGUAGAACCAAUGUAAGUCAGGACUGUAGUUAGUAUGACUGCUGUAACAAAGUUCUAAUCUAUUCUUUUCUAAAAAAAAAAAAAAAAAAAAAAAGAAUAAAAGAAGAAGCAUCUAAUCAUAAUGUCCUUUCCACCACCUUGGGAUAAUUGGGAUGUUGUCAGCCGAGGUGUUUAGUUAAUUUUUGUGUUUUAUGGAUCCUCAUAAGUCCUCACUUAAGUGAAGACUACUCUUCCUGGGGUCGGCUGGUUAAGCUUUUGCAGUACAGCUCAUCUUUCCAAGAAUCAAAAUAUUUUUAAUGUGUUUACACUAGCGCUAUUAUUCAUU